CGCCGCCAUUCGUGGUCAUCGGCUGCCAAUCACAUACGGGUCCCGGCUGGUGAUUCCCUGCCUGCACCUGGCGAUCGUCGAGUAUCACCAACGGGGGAGAAACCAGUGUAUAAACAACACAGAUCUCUCCCCAUUCAGCUACUUGCACACUGUUUUUAUAUGGCUCUGCAUAGCACAACCAGUGUAAAGCACACACAUACAAACACAGUAAAACAGCACACAGCACACAGUUAACCCUUUUGAUCUCCCCAGAUGUUAAAACCCCUUCCUGCCAAGUGCUAUUAGUACAGUGUCAGUGCUUUUUAUUAGCACUGAUUACUGUGUUGGUGUCACACUGGGGAUGUCAGUGACACCAAGUCAGUUUCCCCCAGUGUCAAUAUGCCCCCGACGCUACAGACUAU